AUGAACUACUUUUAUUUGUUGUUGUUAUUUUUCUUCUUUUUUGCAGAUGGUCAACAGCUACAACCGCCACGUUUUACCACACAGCCAUCAUCGUCUGGGUCCAUAGUCAGUGAAGGACGAACGAAAAUUCUACAGUGUCAUGCCUUAGGUUAUCCCCAGCCCACAUAUCGUUGGAUAAAAAAUGGUAUACCAGUUGGUGAUUUUUCACCCAGUCAGUAUAUGCGUAUCCUGAAUACUCAGCGCGAUGAUGCUGGCAGUUAUAAAUGUAUUGCAAAAAACGAAGCUGGCUCAAUAUUUAGUGAAACGAUUGACGUUGUCGUUGCCUAUAUGGGCACAUUCAACAACGUCACCGAGGGCCGUUUAAAUGUCAUAUCAGGCCAUCCGGCCAUAUUGGAUUUGCCCGAUAUCGAUUCAGUUCCUGCGCCAUCGGUCAUCUGGCAAACUGUCGAUGGACCGCUCAAUUAUGACAUCAAAUACGCAUUCACCAAAUCGAAUCAAUUGAUUAUCCUCAACACCGACGAAGUGGAUCGUCAGGCAUAUCGGGCACGUGCCAUCAACACCCAGCUGGGCAAGGAGGAGACCAGCAGUUUUAUACACGUGAAUGUGAGCGGUGAUCCGUACAUUGAAGUGCCACCGGAAAUUAUUGUCCAUCCGCAGGAUAUGAAAUUGAAACGUGGCGAACAAGUUGCCGAACUGCAAUGCAUUGCCAAUGCACGACCAUUGCAUGAGCUGGAAACACUGUGGUUCAAGGAUGGCAUUCCCAUUGAAAAUGCUGAAAUUGCCCACACGCUAAAUGAUCCAUGGAAUCGUUCGCUGGCUUUGUUGUCGGUAAAUUUAACACAUUCCGGUGAAUAUUCGUGUCAGGUGCGUCUGCGCAGUGGUGGCCAUCCGACACUGAUAGCGAAGGCGAAAAUUGAAAUACUCGAACCGCCAACAUUUUUUACACCAAUGCGUCAGGAAACUUUCGGGGAUUUGGGCGUGUUGGUAUCACUGCCCUGUGAUGUGGUGGGAGAUCCACAGCCAACGGUGACAUGGUUUCGUAAUGCCGAACCUAUCGAUUUGAAUAAUGAAAAAUAUUCAAUUGCUGAAGAUAAUGCCUUGCAUAUUAAGAAAUUGGAACUGGAGGAUUCCGCCAUGUAUCAAUGUUUGGCCAUUAAUGAAGCUGGUGAAAAAUCUGCCUACACUUGGCUGAGAGUGAAAACUAUUAAAUUACCAUACAAUAGUGGUGGUUUGGUGGAAUACAGUGCUUCAGCUACUACAACUACUACUAAUAACCAUAAAAUAUCAGCUACUAAUUACAAACAUAAAACCACAAAAUUCAUUAACCAUCGUUUUAAUAUACCUUAUAAUGGCGGUGGUGACGCUCAAAGAACAACUGCUGCUGCUGGCUCAGCAUUAACGCCAGCGCCUAUAGUUACAACAAUCAAUGAUGGUAUCGAUAAUGUCAUAACAACCUCCUCCUACAACGCCUUUUUGGGCGCGACGGCGCCGCCAUCAUCAAACCGUAAUCGUCAUGAGAGUCAGAACCAUCGACACAGUCAUCGUCAUCAUUCUCCUCAUAGAUUUAAUAACAAUCACUUGAAGAAGGUGUAUGCAAAAUCGAAUGUAGAUCUAACUAACGUUACUGCUAAUGCUAACAACUACAACAACAAUAAUGCUUCAUCUGCAAUUUCCCCAUCCAUCGUCAUCAUUAAUACCACAACUACUACUAGAUGUGCUGCUCAACAGGCCACCACCACCACCACCUCAAACACCAAAACAAAACAUCCUUCUAGUACCACAACUAGCAGUAGUCGUGGUACUAUUAUGGAUAUCCUUGGUGCUGGUGUAGGUGUUGGUGGUGCUGAUUUCGCUGUUGGUGCUGGUACUGGUAAUUGUGCAUUCGUUAGUGAUUUAUUAAAACGCAUUAAGCGUUUGGCUCAACCGCGCAUUUUACGUGUUAAAUCUUCGCAUGCUGGUGCCACCACAACGGGUUCAGGACACAAUAACAAUAGACGCAAGGACUUUCGCUUUGCCUCGGCCCCUGUCAUGGAGGUGCCACCACAAAACGUAACCGCUUUAGAUGGUAAAGAUGCAACUAUUUCCUGUCGUGCUGUCGGUGCUCCCAAUCCAAACAUCACUUGGAUUUACAACGAAACUCACCUUGUUGAAAUUUCAAGCCGCAUACAAAUUUUGGAAUCUGGAGAUUUAUUAAUUUCAAAUGUACGCGAAUCGGAUGCUGGUCUCUAUACCUGUGUACGUUCGAAUGAAGCUGGCACCGUUAAUGGUGAGGCGUAUUUAGGUGUUUUGGUUCGCACACAAAUCAUUCAGCCACCAGUUGACACCACUGUUCUGCUGGGCCUUACCGCAUCGUUGCAGUGUAAGGUCUCCAGUGAUCCAACAGUGCCAUACAAUAUCGAUUGGUAUCGUGAAGGUCAUCCAUCGCCCAUAAGCAAUUCACAACGCAUUGGUGUCCAAUCGGAUGGCACACUGGAAAUACAAGCGGUACGAGCCUCUGAUGUUGGCACCUAUGCCUGUGUUGUAACAUCGCCGGGUGGCAAUGAGACACGGUCGGCACAUUUAAGUGUCAUUGAACUGCCAUUCCCGCCGAGCAAUGUAAAGGCAACACGUUUAGAUGGUGCCAAUCAACGUGCCAUAAAUGUAUCCUGGACACCCGGUUUCGAUGGCAAUAGUCCAAUAUCGAAGUUUAUUAUACAGAGGCGUGAAGUGUCGGAAUUAGAAAAAUUCGUAGGUCCCGUACCAGAUCCCUUUCUUAAUUGGAUAACCGAACUUAGUAAUGUUUCGGCGGAAAAUCGUUGGAUUUUAUUGGAAUCCUUAAAGGCGGCCACCGUUUAUCAGUUUCGUGUCAGCGCUGUCAAUCAAGUUGGAGAAGGUUCGCCUUCGGAGCCGAGUAAUGUUGUGGAAUUGCCACAAGAAGCACCCUCUGGCCCACCCGUUGGAUUUGUUGGUUCAGCUCGUUCACAAUCGGAAAUUAUAACACAAUGGCAACCGCCAUUAGAGGAACAUCGAAAUGGACAAAUCUUAGGUUACAUUAUACGAUAUCGCCUCUAUGGUUACAACAAUGUACCCUGGAUGUAUCAGAAUAUAACCAAUGAAGCUCAACGGAAUUAUCUCAUACAGGAACUCAUCACCUGGAAAGAUUAUAUAGUACAAAUUGCUGCCUAUAAUAAUAUGGGUGUUGGUGUCUAUACUGAAGGUGCUAAAAUAAAAACCAAAGAAGGUGUACCCGAAGCACCGCCCACCAAUGUUAAGGUACAGGCCAUUAAUUCCACUGCCAUUAAGGUGACAUGGACACCACCCAAUCCCCAACAGAUAAAUGGUAUAAAUCAAGGCUAUAAGAUACAGGCAUGGCGUACGCAACGUAUCGAUGGUGAAGAUCGUGAAGUGGAAGAGAAAAUGAUGACAGUGCCACCAAGCUUGCUAGAUCCUUUGGCUGAACAGUCGGCCGUAUUGGGUGGUUUGGAAAAAUUCCAAGAUUACAAUAUUACGGUAUUGUGUUUCACCGACCCCGGUGAUGGUGUUCGUAGUUUCCGUAUACCCGUCAAGACCAAAGAAGAUGUACCCGAUGAAAUAACAGCCUUACAUUUUGAUGAUGUAUCGGAUCGUUCGGUAACCGUGCUAUGGGCUCCACCCAAAAAUAUAAAUGGUAUUUUGACAGGCUACACGGUGCGUCACCAGGUCAAGGAUCGCCCUGAGACAAUGAAAUCUGUCAAUCUAACUGCCGAAGAUACCCAGCUUGUGGUUAAUCAAUUGCAAGCCACAACACAUUAUUGGUUUGAAAUAAGAGCAUGGACUCGAGUUGGAGGUGGUCCGCCCAAAACAGCAACCAUACAAUCUGGGGUUGAGCCAGUGCUUCCCCAUCCUCCCACAAAUUUGGCCCUCUCCAACAUCGAGGCCUUUUCGGUGGUUCUACAAUUUACACCAGGUUUUGAUGGUAACUCUUCAAUAACAAAAUGGAAAGUUGAGGCUCAAACUGCUCGCAAUAUAACCUGGUUCACCGUCUGUGAAAUAUCCGAUCCAGAUGCUGAGACAUUGACGGUGACUGGUCUAACACCAUUUACCCAAUAUCGUUUGCGGCUAAGUGCCACAAAUGUGGUUGGUACAUCUAAACCCUCCGAACCCACAAAGGAUUUCCAAACCAUCCAAGCCAGACCCAUGCAUCCACCAUUCAAUGUGACAGUUCGUGCCAUGUCGGCCACACAAUUGCGAGUGCGAUGGAUUCCCUUGCAACAAACCGAAUGGUAUGGCAAUCCUCGCGGCUAUAACAUUACCUAUCGCCAGGUGGAAAGUGAUAAUCGCAUUACACCCAAAAGUGUUCUCAUCGAAGACCACACCGCCAACUCACAUGUCCUAGAAAAUCUCGAAGAAUGGACUGUCUACGAAGUUUCAAUGACAGCCUGUAAUGAUGUGGGCCAAUCACGUGAAAGUGUCAUUGCUGUGGAACGGACCAGAGAAGCUGUACCCUCCUACGGUCCGCUAGAUGUACAAGCCAAUGCCACAUCUUCCACAACAAUUGUCGUCAAAUGGGGUGAGGUGCCGAAACAGCAUCGCAAUGGACAAAUCGAUGGCUACAAAGUUUUCUAUGCGGCCACAAAUCGUGGAGGUCAGGUGUUACACAAGACCAUACCAAAUAACAGCUCCUUCACCACCACCUUGACAGAACUUAAGAAAUUUGUUAUCUAUCACAUUCAAGUAUUGGCAUUUACACGUCUGGGGGAUGGUGCCCUGAGCACUCCACCGGUGAGGGUACAAACAUUUGAAGAUACUCCGGGAGCUCCCUCAAACGUUAGCUUCCCCGAUGUGUCGUUUUCCACAGCCCGCAUCAUUUGGGAUGUUCCCGAAGAUCCAAAUGGCGAAAUCUUGGCAUACCAAGUGACAUAUUCCCUUAAUGGAACCUCCAGCCUGAACUAUAGUCGAGAAUUCUCGCCAUCAGAUCGUACAUUCCGUGCUACACAGCUUUUGGCAGAGCGUUAUUACAUAUUCAGUGUUACCGCUCAGACACGUUUGGGUUGGGGUAAGACGGCAUCGGUGUUGGUCUAUACCACCAAUAAUCGUGAACGACCCCAACCACCCUCAAUGCCCCAAAUAUCCAGAAGUCAAAUUCAGGCUCAUCAAAUAACCUUCAAUUGGACACCGGGUAGAGAUGGAUUUGCACCCUUGAGAUAUUAUACCGUGCAAAUGCGUGAGAAUGAGGGACCCUGGACUUUACUGCCAGAACGAGUAGACCCCUCUUUGACUUCUUAUACCGCAACAAAUUUAAAACCACACACCACAUAUCAAUUCCGUAUACAAGCCACUAAUGAUUUGGGACCCUCGGCAUUUAGUAGAGAAAGCAUUAUUGUGAGGACACUGCCAGCAGCUCCCUCAGUACCGGUUACCAAUCUUAAAGUUGUACCCAUUACCACCACCUCAGUGAGAGUGAAAUGGAAUGCCUUGGAAACCUCGAUGUGGAAUGGUGAUGCCACAACUGGAGGUUAUCGCAUUUUGUAUCAACAGUUAUCCGAUUUCCCCACCGCCCUGCAGGCAACACCCAAAACCGAUGUAAUGGGUAUUAAUAUUGAUUCAGUGGUAUUAUCCGAUCUACAACAGGAUCGUAAUUAUGAAAUUGUUGUGCUGCCCUUCAAUUCCCAAGGGCCUGGUCCCGCAACACCUCCUGUCGCAGUUUACGUUGGAGAAGCCGUUCCCACAGGAGAACCUAGAGCGGUUGAUGCCGCACCCAUAUCUAGUACCGAGGUACGUUUACGCUGGAAACCACCAAAGCAAAGUAUGCAAAAUGGUGAUCUAUUGGGUUAUAAAAUUUUCUAUUUGGUAACCGAUUCACCGCAAGAGCUCGAGGAGGGUAAAUCGUGGGAAGAAGAAAUUGAGGUUGUCUCAGCAACUGCCACAUCACACAGUUUGGUGUUUUUGGAUAAAUUCACCGAAUAUCGUAUACAAAUAUUGGCCUUCAAUCCAGCCGGUGAUGGGCCACGUUCAGCACCCAUAACUGUCAAAACGCUUCAAGGCCUGCCGAGUGCACCACAAAAUCUCCGCUUUGAAGACAUCACAAUGCAAUCGCUGAAGGUGUCAUGGGAUCCACCGAAAUUCAAAAAUGGUGAAAUAUUGGGGUAUUUGGUUACCUAUGAGACCACCGAAGAAAAUGAAAAAUUCAGUAAACAAGUCAAACAAAAAGUCUCUGGUACCAGUUUAUUGGUACAAAAUCUGGAGGAAGAAGUCACUUACACUUUCACCGUAAGGGCUCAAACAAUUGACUAUGGCCCAGCGGUUAGUGAAAACGUUACAACCGGACCCCAGGAUGGUUCCCCAGUGGCACCCAGAGAUUUAAUUCUAUCCAAAACAUUAUCCAGUGUAGAAAUGCAUUGGCUGAAUGGACCAUCAGGACGUGGACCCAUCUUGGGUUAUUAUAUUGAAGCCAAGAAGCGAGAACGAGGCGAACCAUCAUUUAUUUACGACUCCCGUUGGGAGACAAUAACGAAAACCACCACCGGUACAAUACAAGACUUUACAGUUAGUUAUCAAAGUCUAUUACCCUCAACUGCCUAUACAUUCCGGGUUAUUGCCUAUAAUCGCUAUGGCAUCUCAUUUCCCGUCUAUUCAAAGGACUCGAUAUUGACACCCUCCAAACUGCAUUUGGAAUAUGGUUAUCUACAGCACAAACCAUUCUAUCGUCAAACAUGGUUUAUGGUGGCAUUGGCUGCCACCUCAAUUGUCAUUAUAAUAAUGGUAAUUGCGGUGUUGUGUGUUAAAAGUAAAAGCUAUAAAUAUAAACAGGAAGCUCAAAAAACACUUGAAGAAUCAAUGGCCAUGUCCAUUGAUGAACGCCAAGAAUUAGCCUUAGAAUUAUAUCGUUCACGUCAUGGUGUUGGCACGGGCACUCUCAACAGUGUGGGUACCCUGAGUCGUGGUACUUUAGGUACUUUGGGUCGUAAAAAUAAUAAUCGUCCGCCAAAUAAUGUUCAAUUGGGUAAAAGUCCGCCACGACCAUCCCCAGCAUCGGUGGCAUAUCACAGCGAUGAGGAAAGCCUAAAAUGUUACGAUGAAAAUCCCGACGAUAGCAGUGUAACAGAAAAGCCAUCAGAAGUUAGCUCAUCGGAGGCGUCACAGCAUUCGGAGAGUGAAAAUGAGAGCGUACGCUCCGAUCCACAUUCCUUUGUCAAUCAUUAUGCCAAUGUCAACGAUUCACUGCGACAAUCAUGGAAGAAAACGAAACCGGUACGCAACUAUUCAAGCUAUACCGAUUCAGAACCCGAAGGCAGUGCAGUGAUGAGUCUCAAUGGUGGUCAAAUUAUUGUUAAUAAUAUGGCCAGAUCGAGAGCACCAUUGCCUGGUUUCUCAUCUUUUGUCUGACAAUCUACAGAAUUGUAAGAUUUAGUUUCAAUUAACAAUUUUAUUGUCCU